GUCCGCCAUACCGUUAUGAUAGGACUGCACGCAUGCAUUAUCUUUGGAGCGCGCGCGCGCGCGGUGCACACUGCUUAUCGGAGGAACGAGACACUUUCGCCGUCCGGUAUAAAAGUCACGUCGAGCUCGAGCGAGGAACUGCUACGAAGUAUCCAUUAGUGACAUUUUCGUGACAGAGGUGAAAAUGGCUGAUGACAUUCAGACCAAACUUCAGAAUUACCGCACUGCUCCCUUCGAUGCCAGAUUUCCCAACUCGAACCAGACCAGGAACUGCUGGUCCAACUACCUGGACUAUCACCGCUGCCAAAAAGCUCUGGAUGCUAAAGGAGUAGACAACGCCCCCUGUGACUGGUACAAGAGGGUCUACAAAUCACUCUGUCCCUUAUCCUGGGUCCAGAAAUGGGAUGACCAGAGAGAAGAGGGAACCUUUCCGGGAAAAAUCUAAGACUGCCAUCUGCAAAGCUGUCGGUCUGCAACGAUGUAACCUUAACAGCUAAAUGUUUGUAGACGUGGUGGGAGAGCUCGUGGCUCUGCCCUUUAACUGAAUAAUCAUUCCUUAUAAAUACAGUGAAAUGUACAGCAGAAUCUGCAUUAAAGUAUCUCAGGAUAUAUUUAUGUA